CACAAUCCCUCAGUCACUCUUGGUCUCAGCCGAACAAUCAACCUCUCAAGUCUCACCUCACCUUCAACCUUCCUCUCCCCUUCUUGCUGCUACAGAUCUACUACAUAUCUGUUGUUGGAGCUGCUACAGAUAUGCUCCUGAAGCUGCUGUCAAAGCUAUUAGCUGCAACUUGCAAAUCUGCUCCUGUGCCAGACUCCCCUCUACUUGCUGCACUGCACUAUGUCAAGGGAACGGGGACGGGGGGCAAAAUCUGCCCCCGUCAAAAAUCCCCGCGGGGAUCCCCGUCCCCGCCAUUCGCGGGGAUGGGGAUGGGGAGGCACUCCCCGACCCCGCGGGGCCCCGUUGACAUCCCUACUCCCAACGGACUCAAACUGCAGUGGGCUGCUUCUGGGAGAGAAGGACACAGCAAAAGAGAAAUUGCUGACUCGGGUAUUUUAGUGUUUGAAAUUUCAUAUUUGAUAGUGAUAUUUGUGUUUGGUCAAUCUGGCGCUGGUAACAACUGGGCUAAAGGCCAUUACACUGAGGGAGCUGAGCUCAUUGAUGCUGUUCUUGAUGUUGUGAGAAAGGAGGCAGAGAACUGUGAUUUGUCCCAGGCGCUGGUGCUGGGUUCCUUUGAACCCAGUAGGGAGGGGUGCAAUCCACAGGCAGCCCUGUUGGGCUAUAGUGGCCACCAAUGGGCCACAACAGGGGAAUGCUACAGUCAGCAUCUUUUUCCUUCCUUUCAUAUCUCCCUUCCACGCGAGCCUUCCACGCAAUUGAGGAUUACAGUCCACAUUCGUUUAUACGCGAGACGCAGGGCAGAGCUUAGAGCCUACCAGACCUCGGUUGCAGAGCUAAGAGCCUACCGCACCUGGUUGGUGAUGUUUACGCUAUAUGAAACUGAGUAUGCACUAGGAGAAGUACAUGAGGGAGUGUGUGGGAGUCACGUAGGAGCUCAGACUCUGGCCCAUAAGGUACUUCGGCAAGGAUACUAUUGGCCCAACAUACAAGAGGAUGCAAAAAAGUUUGUGCAGAGGUGUCAGAAAUGUCAGUUCUUCGCCCACCUCACUCAUCAGCCAGAUGAAGAACUCACCAGCAUGAUUGCAACCUGGCCUUUUGCUCAAUGGGGAAUAAACCUCCUGGGCCCCUUUGUCAAAGCAGUAGGGGGAGCAGCGCACUUAGUGGUUGUUGUCGAUUACUUCAUUAAGUGGGUAGAAGCCCGACCUCUCUCUUGUUUGACUUCAAGAAGAAUUGAGGACUUUCUCUUUAGCUCAGUCAUCUGUAGAUACGAGAUACCGAACCAGGUUAUUGCUGAUAAUGAUCCCCAGUUCAAUUGUAACUCCUUCAAGGAUUUCUACUCCAGCUAUGGGAUUAAAGUGGUAUUCACUUCUGUUUAUCAUCCCGAGGCCAAUGGAAUGGUUGAAUCUGUUAACAAAGCCAUCUUGGAGGGAAUCAAGCCGAGAGUUGGUGACCAAGUCCUCAGAAAGGCCGGGCUCACAGGGUUCGAGACCCGCUACGACAAGCUAGCACCAAAUUGGGAAGGCCCUUACAUUGUAACCGAGAUCCCACACCUCGGUGCAUACAUUCUCCAAGAUGCCGAAGGCAAAAGAAUGCCUAGGGUUUGGAAUGUUAACAACCUUAAGAAAUUCCACCCUUGAAAGUUCCUCACUUUACCCUCUGUAUUAGGCAUCUUUUUGUAACAACUAAUGUUUUAAUACAAUUAAAGAUGAAGU